UAAUAAAAAUACCGUUGGAACUAGUACUUAUACUGUUAAGAGUAAUUUUUUAAGAUUUUAAUUUAAAUAAGAUUAUAGUUUAUCGAUUUUAAUAUUAUUUAAUUAAAUUUGUGUUUUAUUAUUAAACUAUGGUUCGCUAAAAAAAAGUUAACGAGUUAUAAAUAAAUCUGAUGGAUUCGGAUCCUUCAAAGUUUACAAAUCCUUUUCCACUUAAUCCUCAAAGUCUUAUAGAAUUACAAACAAAUACCUCUGAAGGUAUUCACUUUUCCUCUUUCAUUUAUGAUGUGCAGCCUGUCUCAACACAAGCUGUAGUUUCACUUGCAUAUCCUGGCCCUUUGUUAUCUUGGCCUAAUUUUCAAAACCAUCCACCUUAUGUGAUGUCCAAUUCUACUCAGCCAUCUUCAUACAUUUAUCCAUCUACUUCAAAUUUACGAUCGCCACAUUCAAAUCAAGUGCCUCCUAACUGUUUAGAUUGGACUAUUGAUCCUAUAAAAGCUCCUCCAAGACAGUUCAAAACUACAUCUGAACCGUUGUUAGCACUUGGUUAUAGUUCAACAAUAUCUGAAAAUUGGAUUGCAGGAGAUAAAGGACUUCAAUAUAGUAUUAAAAACUUUACAUUUUCUACCAAAAAGAAGGAUGAAAAUGAAAUACUGAAUAAAUAUGAUUCUUUAAUUGUGUCAAUUCCUCAGGCUCUUGAAGGAGACUAUCAUUAUUAUGUGUGGCCAGCAUCACCUGUACUUGCAUGGAUUUUAUGGGUACAUAGAUAUGAAUUACCAGGAAAAAGAAUUCUCGAGGUUGGUUCUGGUACAUCAUUACCUGGUAUUGUUGCAGCUAAGUGUGGAGCUAUUGUAACACUGACUGAUGAUCCUUCAGUUCCAGGAACUAUUAAACAUAUACAAAAGUGUUGUUACAUGAAUGGGCUUUAUCCUGAACAAAUUAGAGUUGUUGGAUUACCUUGGGGAUACUUUUUUCGCGAUACAUUGAAUCUUGGGCCAUUUGACCUAAUAAUUGGCUCAGAUUGUUUUUAUGAACCUAAUAUCUUUGAAGAUUUAAUUGUUACUAUAUCAUACCUCUUAGAACGUAAUCCAAUGGCAAAAUUUAUGACGACAUAUCAUGAAAGAGACUCAGAAUUUAGUAUUGAUGAACUAGCUGCCAAAUGGAAACUCAAUUGUACCCAUAAAUCUCUUGAAGAUUUGGGUAAAAACAAUGAAUUAGAUGUAUAUGAAUUAAUGAAAGGCAAUGAUAUUCAUCUUGUAGAGAUCACAAAAAAGACUAUAUAAAAAAGUGACUUAAAUGUCUUUGUAUACAUCUAUAAGAUGUAAUAUAAUUUAAAUAUUUUUAUUUUAUAUGCCACUAAAUUCCGUCCUUUAUGUAAAUAUUUAUGUAACUAUAAUAUUUAUGUGUAAAUUAUAUGCAUUUAUUUUUUGGAAAAAUUAAUUAU